AUGGAGGAGGCUCUAGAACCCAAGCGUGUAGAGAUUUCUUCAAUGCGCAAAGUCAUUGCUCAGCGUUUGACAGAGUCCAAACAGCAAGUGCCUCAUUUUUAUUUAACGGUCGAAUGUGAAUUAGAUGCGCUUUUGCUCGCUAGGAAGGAUUUGAAUGCUAUCUUAGAAUCUGAAGGUGUAAAAAUUUCUGUGAAUGACUUUGUGAUUCGGGCAGUUGCUUUAGCUUUGCACCAAGUACCAGAUGCCAAUGUAUCUUGGGCAGGAGAUCACGUUUUGCAAUAUCAAACCAGUGACGUUUCUGUUGCGGUUGCCAUUGAGGGUGGGCUGAUAACACCAAUUGUUCGCCAAGCAGAACGAAAAGGGUUGCGUCAAAUUUCAACAGAGAUGAAAGAGCUGGCUUCUAGAGCCCGUUCUGGUGGCUUGAAGCCUGAAGAAUUCCAAGGAGGUUCUUUCAGUAUUUCCAAUUUAGGAAUGUAUGGCAUUAAACAGUUUGAUGCCGUAAUCAAUCCACCACAGGCUUGUAUUUUAGCCGUUGGUGCCGGUGAAAAAAGAGCUGUUGUGCGCAGUGAUGGUUCUAUUCAGGUGGCAACGGUGAUGACAUGUACAUUGUCUGUGGAUCACAGAGCCGUUGAUGGUGCCGUUGGGGCAGAAUUCUUAAAAGCCUUUAAGUCAUUUAUCGAAAAGCCAUCCUUAAUGCUUUUGUAA